GCAGCAGCUCAGUGCUAUAUUGACCUGAUUAUUAAAGAAAGUGACAACAAUGUGAAACUGAUUGUUCUGGAUCGCUUGAUUGAACUCAAGGAUCACCCUUCCCAUGAAAGAGUACUACAAGAUUUGGUUAUGGACAUACUGAGAGUUUUAAGUACUCCUGAUCUGGAAGUUCGCAAAAAGACAUUACAAUUGGCACUUGAUCUUGUAUCUUCCAGAAAUGUAGAAGAGUUGGUGAUUGUUUUGAAGAAAGAAGUCAUUAAAACAAAUAAUGUGACUGAACACGAAGACACUGAUAAAUACAGACAGUUGCUUGUUCGGACUUUACAUUCUUGUAGUGUUCGGUUCCCAGAAAUGGCUGCAAAUGUCAUUCCUGUGUUGAUGGAGUUCUUAAGUGACUACAAUGAAGCGGCAGCUGCAGAUGUGUUGGAGUUUGUGCGUGAAGCUAUUCAGCGUUUUGAUAAUCUCAGGCUGCUAAUUGUAGAGAAAAUGUUGGACGUCUUCCAUGCAAUUAAGUCUGUCAAAAUUUAUCGGGGAGCACUUUGGAUCCUUGGCGAAUACUGCAGCACAAAGGAAGAUAUACAGAGCGUAAUGACAGAGGUCCGUAGAUCAUUGGGAGAGAUCCCGAUAGUAGAAUCUGAAAUCAAGAAAGAAGCUGGCGAGCUGAAACCUGAGGAGGAAAUCACCGUGGGUCCUGUCCAAAAGCUGGUAACUGAAAUGGGAACUUAUGCUACACAGAGUGCCCUUAGUAGCUCCAGACCUGCCAAAAAGGAAGAAGAAAGGUGAUUAAGUUUUUGCUGUUCU